UACUAUAAUAUGCUUCUCUUUGGUAUUCUUUCCUUUGAUUCCUUGACACCCUUUUCAGUUUUCCCUGUUCUUUAUCAGAUUCCCCCAAAAUUCCUCCAAUUUUAUAUUAAAAUUGCAUAACUUUUCUUUUCCAUUUGAUCACAAGGUUCUUGCUUUGUUCUUUUUUUUUUUCCUCAAUUUACAGAAAGAGAGGAAGAACACUAAGUGGUUGUAAUUUCAUGCGAAGAUUGAAUCUUUUUGGGGUGUUUCUGUGUUGUGGCAAUUAUAGGAUUUGGUGAUUGUAUAUUACUGUUGAGGGGAAUGACAAGUUUUGAUGUUUCAAAGUAUGCACAUAGCCCUAUGCAUAAAGCUACAAUCUUGAAAGAUUAUGCAUCUCUUAGUAAGAUAAUAUUAGGCCUCCCUAGGCUUUGUGAUACAGCUGAAAUUCAUACUGAAUCACUAUCCUUAGCUGAGGAAGCUAAGGCUGAUGCCAUUUCGGCUGUAAUUGAUCGACGAGAUGUCCCCAAUCGCGAUACGCCUCUUCAUUUAGCUGUCAAACUAGGGGACGAGACUGCAACCGAGAUGCUUAUGCUUGCCGGUGUAGAUUGGAGCUUGCAAAAUCAGCAAGGCUGGAGUGCCCUACAGGAAGCUAUAUGUAACAGAGAAGAAGGUGUUGCGAAGAUUAUAGUUAAGAAUUACCAGCCUUUGGCUUGGGCGAAAUGGUGUAGGCGGUUACCUCGGUUGAUUGGAACAAUGAGGAGAAUGAGGGAUUUUUAUAUGGAGAUUACUUUCAAUUUUGAGAGUACUGUUAUCCCUUUCAUUUCUAGGAUUGCGCCUUCAGAUACGUAUAAAAUUUGGAAAAGGGGUGCAAAUUUAAGGGCGGAUAUGACGUUGGCUGGAUUUGAUGGUUUUCGUAUUCAACGAUCUGAUCAGAGCAUUCUCUUCCUUGGUGAUGGUUCUGAGGAUGGUAAAGUUAAUCCCGGUUCGCUUUGUGUGGUUUCACAUAAAGAAAAGGAAAUUUUGAAUGCUUUAGAUGGUGCUGGCGCUCCAGCAACAGAGGCUGAAGUGCAAGAAGAAGUCGCUGCAAUGUCUCGAACGAGCAUAUUCAGGCCCGGGAUUGAUGUGACUCAAGCUGUUUUAUCACCACAAACGACAUGGAGACGCCACGAGAAGAUGGAGAUGGUCGGUCCAUGGAACGCUAAAGUAUAUGAUAUGCAAAAUGUGGUCGUGAGCGUUAGAUCAAGGAGGGUGCCAGGUGCUAUGACAGAUGAUGAAAUGAUUAAUUCAUGCAAUGGAAAUGAGGCGGAAAGUAAAGAUCUUGAUGAUAUUCUGACAGAGGAAGAAAGAAGACAACUUGAUGUUGCUCUCAAUGAGAACGGAGAUGGCGUUAUUGCACACGGGCACAGUUGUCAUGAACAAAUAGACAGAGACAUUCCUAUUGAGGAGAUAAAUGGUUGUAGUAAUGGUGAGAAGUAUUCUGUUGAUGUUAGCAGGAAGAGGGAUGAGUAUAGACGAGGAAGAGAUGCCGAAGCUUCUUCAUCUAGUAAUGCUGAAAGUGGAGAUCUUCGCAAAGAUGGAAGCCGAGAAAAAGAGUAUAAGAAAGGAUUGAGGCCUAUUCUCUGGCUUUCUCCUGAUUUUCCGUUGAGAACUGAAGAACUCCUUCCCUUGCUUGACAUUUUAGCAAAUAAAGUUAAGGCUAUCCGGCGACUGAGAGAAAUGCUUACAACAAAACUUCCAAAAGGAACCUUCCCGGUUAAGGUGGCAAUUCCGGUGGUUCCAACAAUUAGAGUUUUGGUUACUUUCACUAAGUUUGAAGAAUUACAGCCACUGGACGAGUUCUCAACUCCUCCUUCGAGUCCUACUCCUUCAGGCAAAGAGAGUCCACCCGAGCAACAGCCCUCAAGUUCAUCUUGGUUUCAGUGGAUAAAAUCCCCUUAUCAACGGCCUAGUUCUUCUACAAGCAGCUCGAAUAGUAUCACAAACGACGUCCAAGAUCCAUUUGCAAUCCCUCGAGAUUACACAUGGAUCACUGCAGAAGCUAAGAAAAAGAAAAUGCAGGAAAAGGAGAAGGCAAAGAAAGGGAAGAGUAGGAAGCAGUAGUCGAAGAAGUCGGCUAGCUAAGAGGAUCUUUUACUUAAAGCAGCUCAUGGAAUACCUAAGGAGAUAGUUAUAUCUUUGCAAUUUAGUAAAUCAUUGUGGGGGCUAUAAGGUAGGGAUAAGAUGUGCGUACAACUACCCUCCCUAGACUCCACCUAUGCGAUUACACAGGGUUUGUUGUUGUUGUU